AUGAGAGGAUACAGAACCAUCAAGUACACCCUGUUCAUCUUCUGCUACUUCUUCUGGGUGGUGAGCGCCGUCCUCAUCGCGGUGGGGAUCUACGCCAAGAUCGCCAAAGAGAAACAUGUGGUGGACACUCUGACAGCAGAUCCCGCUCUGCUGUUGAUCAUCAUCGGCUCCAUAAUGUUCCUCAUCACGUUCCUCGGAUGUUUCGGGGCGUUGCGUAACGCCACCUGCCUGCUGAAGACGUUUCUGGGGACCCUAACAGCGAUCCUCGUGGUGCAGGUCGCUGCUGGAGCCGUGGGAUAUCGCUUCACUGACAUGGUGAUGGAGAGGACGGAGAGGCUGAUGAUGAAUACCAUCCUCAGUUACAGAGAGGAUCCUGAUCUGGAGAACGCCAUCGACUUCGUCCAGAAGAAGUUUCAGUGCUGUGGGGUGGAGAGUUACAAAGACUGGGGACAUAACAUCUACUUUAACUGUUCGGACACUAACCCCAGUCUGGAGGCUUGCGGCGUUCCUUUCUCCUGCUGCGUCGGACUUCAGAACCAGACGGUGCUGAACACCAUGUGUGGUUACGGCGUGCAGCAGCUGGAUUGGAGCUCGGCGGCUGAGGAGGUUUUCACCGUCGGCUGCCUGGAGAAGAUCGCCUCGUGGACAAAGAACAACCUGCUGCUGGUCGCCGCUCUGACCGGCGGCCUGCUGCUGCUCGAGGUCGGGAUGAUGUGUCUGGCUGCGGCUCAGAUCUCCAGAAUUAAAAAAGUCCAACAACAGAGGAAAGACAACGCGUCCACAAGCAGAUCAGAACGAAAGGACAGCUACUGGUUUCCCGCUUUCGCAGAUUUCGAUGACGAAUGAAAACGAAUCAGUUCCUCCAGCAGGUUUUUACUGGAUGUGGGUCGGAGAAAGAGAAGAGCUGAAACUGUCUCUGUUCACUCUGUAAGUCGAGUGUCGGCUUCAUCAAACUACCUCAUGAAAACCUUUAUGCAUCACAUGAUCAAUCUAUACAUCAUGGUUGCGGGAUGUGGCGAGAGGCGGGGUUACACCCUGGACUGGUCACCAGCCAAUCACAGGGCUGACAUAUAGAGACAGACAACCAGCCAC